AGCCCGGAUAUGGCACUGGUUUUCAAGUAUGUUUACUCAAAAUGAAAGCUGUGUUAAGCAGGUAGUAUUUUUCAGCGUGUUCAUUUUGGUGUAGUAUCAGUUCUACGAAUCAUUUGAGAUUUUCACAGUUUAUCAAGCUAACACCAUUUUAGCUAACAGCUAGCUCUUCAAUGUAGCAGAAGAUUGAAAGUAAGUGGAAACCACGCUAAGCUACACUUGUUCGACGUGAGCAUGACUACAACCUUAUAGUUAUAGCCGGACCUCCUACUGACUUGUCUCCAUGGAUAUAUAAGGCUCCAAGCAACACAUUUGGAUGUUUACAGAGGAUGAUGGAUAACCACAAGAGCCACGUACCCUGUCAGUCGUGGGCAGGCCAGAAUGGCUGGUCCUCUACUUCAACUCAAGGACCCCUCCUCGACGCUCUGCCCAGCUCUCAGCAUCAACAACUGGGCUCAUCUUCUGACCAGAGGCCCUUCUACCAGCACCAGCAGGAGUCCAGUCAGAGCUGUAUGAGGGACCCAAGCACCAUAUCAUCGGGAAACACCACUCACCACUCAGCUCUGUACAAAGCCUCUCAGAUCAGCAGCAAUCCGUCAUCAAACACGCUGUUUGCCAACACUGCCAUCCCGAGUUCCUCUCACAUGAAUCCCUUUGCCCAGCUAAACCCUCACACUUCAUCUAUGCUGCUCACUGCAAACCAAGGAAAAAACAUCCUCCUACCAUCUCUUCCCCAAACAAACCAAUCACCACAGGCUUGUAGGCCCCAACAUCCGCCGCUGCUAUCCCCCCACGAUCUUUUCAAAGCACCAUUUCCACCUCAAUUAACCAAUCAGGGUUUACCCGAUGGACUUCUGCCCAUUAGCCUGCCAUCAUGUGGACAACGUGUAAGUACAUCUCAAGCUACUUUUGAAGGAGUGAAUGUGGAGUUUGCUGGUGUUGCUGGAUACACUCAUAGCCAUGCUUCAUCCAUGUCUCAGGAGCAGCAUCAGUGGAUACCUUCCUCAAACUGCAUGGGAGCCGUACACGAGUCGGUCCCUGUCGCUGGUGCUCUUCCUAACAAUGCGCCAUCGCAAGAGGGCAACAUGAGUUCACCGGCCAGCAGUGAGAGACAACGUUUGGUGCUUUUGCAACAGCGUGCACAACUUCUUCAACAAGUGGCACAGUUGGAUAAACUUCUGGAAUCCAUACAUCCAGAGGACAGCAGUGGUGGGCAGUCUCCACAUGCAGCUAUUCAGUCUCCAUCAUCAAUGGAAAUAUCAUUUCAAUGUGAACAAGAUAAGACCAGUGAUGCACAGCAGGUUCAACUGCAGUCAAAGCCACAUAUAUCAACGGAUUAUUCAUCGCCUGCGUCCCAGGAAGAGCCAAUGUCAUCUAACAGCAAAUCAGACGAAAAUGAGUCAGCUGAGUCAGAGGAUGACGGUGACUCUGAUUACUUCCCUGACAGUGAUGUGGACUUUUUUGAUUCCCCAAUCCAACCUGACGGUAGCUCUUCAGAUGAAUUCAAUCACAGCAGACCCUCAACCCCCACAAACAAAGAACCCUCUCCGACAGUAAAAACAGAAGAUAAAUCAGAAAGUUCCAUGUCCGAGGACAACACUGACAGUCCCCCAAAACAGACUCAUGCAAUUAUUCAGAAAGAAAAGUCUUCUGACACUGUAGUGUUGCCAUGUUCUAGUUCUAAAGCAAGACGUGUUUAUGACAAGAGGAAUUAUUGUUUGUUCUGCACUAAGCCAGUAUCUAAAAUGUCACGACAUCUUGAAAGGAACCACAGUGACAAAAAAGAGGUCGCAGCUGUAUUUCAAUUCCCUCUGAAAUCAAAAGAAAGACAAAGGAUAUGGAACAGAUUGAUAAAUGAAGGAAACUUUGCUCAUAACAAAGAUGUCUUGAAAUCAGGACAGGGCCAACUUGCUGCCCGAAAAAGACCGAGCAAAACUAAAAAAGGCAAAGACUUUCUCCAUUGCCUUCACUGUCGAGGUCUUUAUCUGAAGAAACCUUUGUACCGACACAUGAAAGUGUGCCCAGAGAGAGAGAAGAACGAGAAUGUGUUUGGAAGGAAGAAUAUCGCGUCUCGGUGUGCGCUUGAAACUUUAGGAGAUCUUGGCAUUACUGAUGGUUUGAGGAACAUUCUGUCCGAUAUGAUAUACGACGAUGUGACGCAAACUGUCAUGGGAGACGAAGUCAUCUUGCAGUUUGGCGAGCUCCUGUUCAAUCAUCACGGUCCUGAUCCGAAAAAACAUGACUAUAUAAGACAAAACCUUCGACAGUUAGCAAGACUUCUACUAGAAGCUAAAAAAAUCACCACUCUGGAGAAACUGGAGGACUUCUUUCUCCCUUCGUGCUUCCCACAUGUGGUGUCUGCAGUAAACGUCCUGGCAGGCUACAAUGCAGAAAACAAAACGUACGGAAGACCUUCACUUGCAAUCAAGCUUGGCUACCACCUACAGAAGGCUUGUGGUAUUGUUGAGCGGAACGCAGUAAAGUCUGGUGAUGAGAGAUCGGCAGAGUCUGCGAGAAACUUCCUCUCUCUGUACAAGAGAAAAUGGAACAAGCAUAUUUCUGCAGGUGCAUUAACAGCCAUCAGGAAAACCAAACUGAAAAGGGCGAAGAAGGUGCCGUUUGCUCAAGAUGUGAUGCGCCUGAAUAUCCACGUGGAGAAUACUCACCUUCUCACUGAAAAAAAACUCAGAGAAAGCCCUUCUGCAGAGAACUAUGCUGCGUUGGCCAAUGUAAUACUCUGCCGGACAAUAUUUUUCAACAGGAGAAGUGUUUCAGAGGUAUCGACAGUGGAAAUAACGGCUUUUGAGUCGCGGCAAAAGUCAAACUUGCAAGAGGGCAUGGACAUAUCCGUUACUGAUUUGGAAAGAAAAAUGUGCAGGUUCUUUGUGAGAAUCGACAUACGAGGGAAGUGUGGCAGAACGGUUCCGGUUUUACUCAAACCAUCACUCGAGUCAGCUAUGGAGCUUCUUGUAAAUGUACGUGAGCCAUGUGGAGUCCCCAGUCAGAAUCCUUACCUGUUUGGCCGACCCAAUGCACUGACUUACUACGCCGGGGCACAGUGCAUCCAGAGAUACGUCAAAGAAUGUGGAGCUAAAGACCCUGAAGCGCUGACAUCCUCAAAGAUCCGGAAGCAUUACGGGAAAAUGCUACAACUGAUGAACCUGAAUGAAGAUGAGGCCGACCAAAUUUUAGGCCCCAACAAUCAAGUACGAAACCUUGGACAGCACGAUGAUGUGGAAAUGCAUUCUGAUGAGAGAGGACAACAAGCUGCAUCCUGGGAUAACAAUGAGCUUUCCGGUGCAGGCUGUGGACCAACAAGCGCCAACACGACUGUAACUUCAAAGUAUUUCAAAUCAGAAAAAAAAGGCUCCAAAAUUCAGGGCAAACAUAAAUGGGAGGAAGCAGAGGUCCUUGCUGUUGAAAGACACAUGAUGCGGUUAAUUAAAGAGCACAAGGUGCCUCAGAAGGACGAAUGCGUUCAGUGUCUUGAAGCAGAGCCAGAAGCACUGAGGACCCGUUCAUGGAAAGGUGUCAAGGACUAUGUCAGAAACAGGAUCACUGCCCAAAAAAGGACCCAAAAACAGUAACUGUUAUAUGGGCAACUAGAACCACAGCAGAGAAAUGGACAAUUUCAUCCGUUAGAAGUGGGAUAUUUGGUCAAUGGCAAAAACAAGCAACUUUUUUCUCUUCCAUUUUCUCAUCCUUGCCACCCUCUGUUCCUCCUUUUUAUUUUGUUUGUUCAUUCUCAUUCGGAGUGACUUGUGUGACAUGGUGGGCAUUUACAUCGGUUAGGAUGACCAAGAAUAGAUUUGAAUUUGUAUUAUUUCUAUUUUUGUUAAUUGUUUCUGUUUCAUGUUAUUAAGUUAAUUUGGACAGAGACAGCUCACGGACAUUGACAAAUAACGUGUCUAAGGAGCUGGUUAGCUUCGGUGAAGUUUCCUGUAUACUGUAUUUUGUUAUUCAUGUUUUUGUGGUGCCACAAUAAAUAUUUUCUGAUUCUUA